AUGGCGCAAGAUCCAGAUACUCUUAUGCCAAUGAGCUUGACCUUCUCGAUUGAGGGCAUGACGCCGUCUCAGUACCAGCCACUGGAAUCACUUGCCUUGUGUGCGAGAUGCCAAUCCCCGGCGGCUAGGGUGUUCUUGACAGACACUAUGCCAAGUUCCAAAUACGAGGACCUCAACAUUAUAUAA